CCGCGGGCGGAGGGCAGCAAUGGCACGCGGCACGCCCGGACCUCCAGGGUGCUGGGGCAAGCUCGCCGCCUGCUGCAGCGACAUCUGCGCGCCCGGGCCGCCGGCGGAGGAGGCGCCGCACGCCCGCCUCGAGCGCCUGGUGCGGGAGCGCGAGGAGGAGCGCCGGCGCUCCGCCGAGCGCGCCGCCGAGGCCGCCGAGGAGUCCGAGCGCAAGGCGCAGGAGUGGCAGGCGGAGCUGGCGGAGCUGGAGAGGCGGCGGGCCGGCAUGUGCGACGAGGAGCUGGAGAAGGACUGCCUGGAGUACUUCGCGGCCUUCGAGGUGCUCAGCAGCGCCAGCCAGCCCCCCGAGCCCGCGGGCGGCAGGAGCCCCGCGGAGGCCGCGCCCCAGGACGGGCCCCCGCCGACCAGGUCGGGCUCCGACCUGGCCGUCGGCGCGCGGGUGCACGGCCAGCACUUUGGGAGCCUCCGGGCGCCCUCGCGAGGCGAGCCUGGAGCUGACCCCACGGAGACCACGGGCGAGACCGUGGAGGUGCCGCCGGAGGGGCACGUGGAGCUGUGGUUGGCGCACCUUUUCGGGCGCGACUGCGCCGAGCCUGCAAGCCCAGGUGCCCGCGCGCUGGCGGCGAACGGCUGGUCCUUCGGGGAGCUGGACGGUGCGGCCUGCGACGCCAUGGCCCCGUCGCUGCGGGACGCCCUCACUGCAAGCGCCGAGGAGGCGGAGGCGGCCGAGUCAGAGUCGAGGAAUCGCACGCUGAAGGCCUCGGUCAGCACCAAGGACCUGAGCGAGCGGCUCGACCAGCUGGUUCAGAAGUACGCCCCCGAGGACGGCGCUGCGGGCGCGAGCCCCGAGGCGUCCGCGCGGGCCGAGGAGCCCGACGGUCCGGCCACCGCCGCCUCCGCCGCCGCGGCCACCGAGGCGCUGCGGGCGCGCGCGGUGCAGCACCGAGCGGUGCGCGAUCGGGUUCAGUCGCUGCUCCCGUGCCUGGAGGGCGACGCGGCCACCGCGCGCCUCGUCGUGGCGCUCGCGACCCUGGACCUGGGCACCACGGCUGCGGCCUCCCGCCCCGCGCGCACCGCGGGCGCCAGCUUCCGAGCACCGCUGGCGGCGCUGUCGACGGCGGACGCCUGCUGGGCGCUGUGCUCCGAGAGCCGGCGCCUCGUCUUCGAGCGUAUGCUGCCGGUGACCUCCGCCGGGGAGAGCUGGUUCUGGCCAGACCUCCGCCGCACAGCCGUGGGCUGGUGGCUGUGCGGGAGUGACUGCCUGGAGUUGCUCGACAGGCUGAUCACGAAGAUCGCCCAGACCAAGGUGCUGCAGCUGCGACGCCACCUGGAGAAGGACAAGGAGUGGGACAUGGACAUGGCACGCACCUCGCAGGGAGUCUCCAAGGGCUACGUCGACGAGGCCCUGUUCUGGCACGCGCUGCUCGGCACGAAGAUCACCGCCCUCCGUGCCCUCAUGCGGACGGGGCUCCUGGCCAGCGAGCCGGGCAUCGCGGCGCUGCUGCAGCACAAGAGCGUGGGCGACGCGGAGUUCCUGCGCAAGAACGCGUUCCGGCUGCUCCAGCUGCACCGCUACUACCUCGCCGCGGCGCUCUUCGUCAUGAGCGACAGCAUGGACGAGGCCGUGAGAGUCGUGGCGGGGCACCUGCGCGACCUUCAGCUCGGGCUGCUGAUCACGCGGCGCUGUCGCGAGGUCGCGCGGCCCCUGCUGCGGGACACCCUGCGAGAGUCCUCGCUGGCGCAGCGCGACCCGUGGCUGCGGCUGCUGCUCGGGUGGCACCUCGGCGACGCCGAGGUGGUGGCGCAGUGCGGCCAGGAGGCGCCCCCAGCCGCCGCCGACGCCGGCGAUGUGCAGGGCGCGCUGACGGAGCUCUUCGGCGAGGUGCUCCGCUGCUCGCGCUACGGCCCAGGUCUGCGCAAGGUGGCGAGCAAGGCGGCGAGAGAACUGAGCGGUGCGAGGGCGUGA